AUGCAGAACCUCACAGAAACCCCAGAUAUAAUUCAUGUAGCAGCCCCCGCAGGUGCCCUGUCAGAAAAAGUUCACGAGUCCAAAAGCACCAAGAGCAAGCAACUCUCCAAGGGUAAGCAAGCCGUGGGCUCUGGCUUCCACUACGGACCCGUGCCAGGUCAGUAUUUCCGCUCACGACGGGUGAAGCCCAAGGAUGUCCAGAUGCCAUGGCUCGACAAGCCGCACCCAAGGCAGAAAUGGGGCACUAUACUUCCUCUCAUCGGCUUUGGACUCGGUUUGAUAGUAGUAGCUAUCAUGAUCUGGGACGGGUUCAGAGUUAUAGGCAGGCAUAAGUACUGCGAGAUUUACCAUGACAAUUUCACCUCAUUCAACGAGAGCGUCUGGACUAAGGAAGUCGAGCUAGGCGGCUACGGGCAAGCCAUCUCAGACCAUUGUACGGAAGAGAACGUCUUUAUCGAAAACGGCGAGCUCGUUAUCAAGCCAACGAUCCAAGACGAGAUGUUCAUUGGCAACAACUACACUAUAGAUCUCCGUGGACAUGGAUGCACUGGUUCUGACUGGACCGACUGCAUCGCCACUACCAACACAACCAACGGCACGAUCGUCAACCCCAUUAAGUCUGGCCGAAUUAACAGCAAGCUCGGUGCUUCAAUCAAAUACGGCCGUGUUGAGGUCGUUGCUAAACUGUCCACUGGCGACUGGCUAUGGCCAGCUAUCUGGAUGUUGCCCAAGGACAAUGUAUAUGGCGCCUGGCCUCGCUCUGGUGAGAUCGAUAUCGCAGAGUCCCGCGGUAACGCACCGGGAUAUGCGCAGGGCGGUAACAACGUCGUCUCCAGCACACUGCACUUCGGCCCCGACGUCAAUCAUAACGGCUGGUGGCGCAAUAAUGUCAAGCGCCAGGCAUUGCACACUACAUAUGCAGCCGACUACAAUACCUUUGGUAUUGAGUGGAGCGAGAAGUACAUCUUCACUUAUAUCAACACGCGCCUCCUACAGGUCAUGUAUACACACUUCGAUAAACCUUUCUUCAAGUACGGUAACUUUCCUCUCGCCGAUGCCAACGGCACCCGUCUUGAGAACCCCUGGAAGCACACCAAACGCAACACAGCUCCUUUCGACCAGGAGUUUUAUCUCGUCAUGAACCUAGCUGUUGGCUCCACGAACGGUUGGUUUGAGGAUGGUAAGAGCGGUAAACCAUGGAUUGACAGGAGCUCCCGGGCAAAGCUUGACUUUUGGGAGGCCAAGGACCAGUGGCUGCCUACGUGGAAGGACGGCGGACAGAUGAAGGUCAAGAGUGUCACGAUGUGGCAGCAAAGUGGGCACAAUGGUUGCAAGGCUUAG